UUUUCGAAUUUGAAUCGCGCACCGGUCGGGUCGCAACUGCUGGCUCAUGGGAGCCGGCGCUGCUCGCCUCGCGGUCGCGGCCUCGGCCUCCAUUUAUUAAUACGCCAACAAAUUCCCCCGUCCGUUUCCACGAGAAAGGAGGCAGCGCCUCAGUUCGCUCGCUCGCUCAAAGCCUCCGCUGUUCUGUCUGCGUGCGCCGCUCGCUUCCGCCUUUCCAUGACCCCGACGUCUUUCUCGCUCCUGCUCUUCUGAUCCUAGGACGACGCGCCGCCCGACUGCCUGCCUGCGCACGCUGCGAGGGGAGGGGAGGGGAGGUUCGACCACGACCGCCGCCGCCACGAGCUCGCGGAGGACCAUGCCGAGAUCCAGGGGGUCCGAGCCGCCGCAGCGGGCGUCGCCGCGCGCGCCGCUGCACCUCAAGACGACGGCCUGCUCCGAGGCGAAUGGCGCGCACCACCGCCCCGUCGUCGACCGGACCAGCCCCAAGGUCGGGGACCGGCACUCGCCGCGCAGCCCUCUGCCCGAGAAGAAGCGCGCGGCGGGGACGCGGGUGGCGGAGCUGGAGGCGAAGCUGGGGAAGGUGCAGGACGAGCUCAAGAAGCUGCGGGAGCAGCUCGUGUCCGCCGAGGCCGCCAAGAAGGACGCGCAGGUAGCGCUCGAAGAGGCCAAGAAGCGCGUCGGAACCAAGGGGAGCCCCGCCUCCGCGGCCACCUCUCCUCUCUCUGCGCCCUCGGCGGGGGUCGAGAGCGCGAAGAAGACGGAGGAGCUGAAGGUGCCUCCACCGGCGGCCGAGGAGGAGGAGGAGAGCAGCAUAAACUCUCCGGCGACUGAUGUGUUUGAGGUUGUCCGGGCUGAGUCGGGGGACAAGGAGAACAAGGCCGCGGCCGCCGCCGCAGAUGACUGCGAGGCGGUGAGCUGCGGCGAGAAGGCGGCGCUGGCUGAGAAGGAAGAGGUGGUGGAGGAGGAGGAGACCAAGAAGAUGAUCGAGGAGGAGAGCAAAAAUGCAGCUGUGGAAAUCGACGGCGCCGAGAAGGAGAGCCCGGAGGUCACGGAGCUGAAGGCCAAGCUGGCGGAGAAAGACACGGAGAUCGCCGCCCUCAGUGCGGAGAACGCCGAGCUCAAGAAGCAGGCCUUGGACGCCGCGGAGGCGGCGAAGAAGGCCGAGGAGGACGCCGCGGCGAAAGCGUCCCAGGCCGAGCACGAUCUGAAGGAGGGCGCGGCGCGGGAGGCCCGGAUGGGCGAGCAGCUGAAGGCGUCGGAGGCCGCGCGGGAGGCGCUGGACGGCGAGAUGCGCCGCCUGCGCGUGCAGACCGAGCAAUGGCGCAAGGCCGCCGAGGCCGCGGCCGCGGUGCUUGGCGGGGACAACCACCUCACCGGGCUGGCCGGCAACGGUAAUGGGUGGGGCUCCCCCGCAACGAUGCCCGACGGUGACGACGACGAGGGGUUCGGCGGCAAGCGGAAGGGCGCCGGCAUCCGGAUGCUCGGCGACCUGUGGAAGAAGAAGGGGAACAACAAGUGAAGGCCUGCCGGGAAAUGUGGGAUUGCUAUCACAGAUUCGCAAUGGUGAGCUCGCUCAGCCAACCAGCUUGAACUCCAUGCCUUCCUUGCAUUAGCUUAGCGCCAUCAUUUUACCGCGUUUUGGUUCGGAUUCUGCUUAUGUUUGUAUGAUGAUGAGAUGAUGCUCGAUCGUGAGAUUGAACUAUGUCUGUAACGCCCGAUGCUGCAUUCCUGCUGCUACCUCACUGUAAGGAGCAACCAAGAUGGUUUGGUGUUUUCCUGCAUUGCUGUGCUGUUGAUGAUUGAGUAGUGCUUGGGGUGAUCUUUUUGAGA